UUUUUUUUUUUUGGGUCGCAGCACUGAGAGGGAAGGGACCGCUGAGUGAGUUUAACCAGCCUCGUCUCAGUCCCACCGGGUCAGGACAUCGUCUGCACACAGCAGAGUCUGACAGAGAGGACUCACACUGAGGAUUACAGCAGGUGUGAAGACCAAAUCAGACAUUUACUUUGUGUUUGUGAAAGUGGACCGGAGAGUGGGACAAACACCAGCACUGUUUCCCACGCACUGAUCUUCCUAAGAGGGCGGGGGUUGGGAGGUUUUUCUUUUCUUUUCUUUUUUUCCUCUGAGGGGUACCACUCAUUCUUACACACACCCCUCCUCAGCAGCAUCCUGAGCAGGUUUUCUCGUCAUUUCCAUUGUGGACGAGCAACAGGUUGAGAAGCAGCAGCAGCAGCAGCAGCAGUGUGAAGGCGAGUGAAGCCUACCAUGCCGAGCAAAAGCCAAUAUCUGCGCCCCCGGCUGUGCACGCUGGAGAAGGGGGACAACGGCUACGGCUUCCACCUCCACGGGGAGAAAGGUAAGACGGGGCAGUUUAUCCGGUUAGUGGAGUCCGACAGCCCGGCGGAAUCCUCGGGGCUCCGCGCCGGAGAUCGGCUGGUGUUCGUGAACGGGGAGGACGUGGAGAACGAGAGCCACCAGCAGGUCGUGUCCCGGAUACGAGCCACCGUGGGCCGGCUGGAGCUCAUAGUGGUGGACCCGGACACGGAGCGGCUGCUGAAGAAACACAACAUGAAGUGUCUGAAGGAGUAUGUCACCGACGGCGUCCCGUUACCCUUCGAGGAGGAGGAGGAGGCGGCGGAGGUGGAGGUGGUGGAAGUGAUGAAGGAGGAGGAGGAGGAGGAGGUGGUGGUGGAGGUGGACGGGACAGAAGAUGUCAAGAGGGACGAGGUGGUGGAGGAAGAGGUGGUGGUUGUGGUGGAGGAGCAGCAGCAGAAGGAGGAGGCACCCAGGGAGAGUAACGGGGAGAUCCACGAGCAAGUCGAGGAGAAGCUGAGCAUCAGCUCUGAGAAGGAGGUGUGUACUGAACUGCGGCCACGUCUGUGUGUGAUCCAGCGAGGGUCCAACGGAUAUGGCUUCAACCUGCACAGCGAGCGAGCGCGGCCGGGACAGUACAUCAGAGCUGUGGAUGAAGACUCUCCAGCAGAGAGGGCAGGCCUGCUGGCCAAGGACAGGAUAGUACAGGUGAAUGGUGUGUCAGUGGAGGGGAAGACGCAUUCAGAAGUAGUGGCUGCCAUCAAAGCCGGCGGGAAUGAGACCCGGCUGCUGGUGGUGGACCCCGACACAGACGUCUUUUUCAAGAGGUGCCGAGUGGCCCCCACCUCAGACCACCUGACUGGUCCACUGCCAGAACCUGUCAUUAAUGGAGGAAUGGAGGAGAAGGUGAAUGGUAGAGGGGCCAAAGAGGCAGAGAGGGACUCGAAGCUGUCAGUCAGCCCCUCUCCAUCCAGCGCUUCGUCCAACACCUCGCUCACAACCCCGCCCACAAACACGCCACCUGAGGGUUUGAUCACGGAUGCCAUCCCAGCUCUCAACCUGUCUCUGCAGCAGGUCAAAGAGCUCGCCCACCAGAAGCGUUCCAACAAGAGAGCCCCACCCAUGGACUGGACCAAGAAAAAUGAACUCUUCAGCAACCUAUAGGGCACCUCAGGUCACCUGACACACACACACACACACAUACACACACACUCACACAGAUUUUUAUCAUAGCAAUUCUUACAAGGAGAUGUAAGAAAGACAUUUUUUAAUUGUAAUGACUUUACAAGAGCAGUUUAACUAUUGGCAGCAGACAAAAUUCAAGCCCUACUGUAAAAUGUAAUAUUCUUCUUAUUACUCUUCAUGUUAAUAACCCAGAUAUUAUAUACGUAUAAUGUGCUACUAACAAUGAAAGAUGCAUAUGCCAAUGAAAGAGAACUGGACCAUGCUGAAGAUAUGUCUGUAUGUGUGUAUGUAGCUAUUUAUGCCCUAUGUGGGCAUGGUUUCCUUUGUGUGUGUGUGUGUGAGUGUGUGUGUCUGUGCGUGUGGACCCUGACAGUCUGAUGCCUGUGGAAGUGAGGAGGAGCCAAUCAGCAUGCUACGUUUAAUGACCCGCUGCUCUUUAUGUUAACAUUUAAAAUAUUAAAGUGUCCAGCCACAUACCGUAAAAAACCAGCCCGACAAUCAGAGCAUCACUUCUCUCUAAUUUACUCAAUUAUUGGCUUAGGGAUCAAAUAUCUGACACAGGACUGAGAAAAAUUCCCUUUUGGGUCAUUUAUUGCAAUGUUUUUAUUUGUGUAGUUAUUUACUCUUAUUCACUUUAAAAAAAAAAAAAUUAUAUGUUAGAGCUCUAUAUUGAUCCCGAAAAUAAGAUAAACAAGAUAUUGCUUUCUUACCUGAAACUCCUUUUGGGAAUCAUUUGUGAUUGUGAAAUAUUUACUGAUGGCUUUAAACUGGAAAGAACUGUGUUUUAAAUGGGUUAUCUUAUAAUGUGUAUAUAUAUAUAUAUAUAUCUUGUAUAUUUUUUCAUUUUUGACAUAAAUUCCACUCUGAAAUGAAAGUGAUUUCAGCUUAAUCCUAUGUUGCUACAAUGCCAUCCACCAUUCAUCCAUGCAUUGUCUGAAUACAUGGUAUCACCUUUUGAAUAAAUGUGAACUACAGUUUAUUAUCAGUAACUUAUACCGUCCUUACUUUGCCAUCAUAUCCACUGUGAACGGCUGCUCAGUUCACCAGUUGUUAGCACAUGAAUGAUUUUUAUUGCUCCUGGAAAAUGCUUUGUGAGAGAUUUUCUGUCUUAAAAACAAUAAUUACGUAACUUUUAGAUCAUGUAUUUCUAAAAUACUGUCUGUGCUUCACUAGAUUUUAUGCAUUUGUGCACCAUUUUGAAAAGUGAUGAUUUGAAAACUGAGUGAUUGAAGUACAUGAAAAGGUUUUUUUUUAGCUUGUGUAAGGGAUUUCUAUACUGUAAUAAAUCACAACAUUA